AUGACAGGACAAGGUUCAGAACGUCCUAAUAAAGGAAAGGGGGUAGCAAGGCGUAAAAAGAGGCAACGGCAGGCACCAAAGUAUGUACUUAGGGUGCCUGCUAAUCUACCUACCAUUGCUGCCCCCGGUACAUCAUCUGUGGGGCCUCCUCCUACCCCUACAAUACAGCCUCCUACCCCUGCAGUAGACCCUACUCCUACCUCUACAAUACACCGUUAUCCUACCCCUGCAGUACACCCUUCUCCUACCCUUGCAGCACACCCUUCUACUACCCCUACAACAGACCCUCUUCCUCCUCCUGUGAUUAUAACCCUCACUCCUCCCCCUGUGGUUAUUACCCCCACUCCUCUCCCUGACCCUACUUCUAUACCUUCCUCAUCUUGUACACCGCCUUCUGAGACUGUCACACCAUCUGCUGAUCCAGAUUCAAGUGGUGAUGGUGAAGGUCUUGAACCGUCCCUCCAUGAUCGACCAUGGAUUGAGCCGUAUGGGUUGCUUCCCAGUGAUGGACGAGCGCCCGAGAAGAUGACGAUAGAAGUUGUGCCAGCACGAUUCGGACUCCUCGAGGAUUCGGACGCAGCGGAAAUGGAAACGAAGCUCUAG